AUGUCUCAGAGUCACCAUGAAGAACCAGUCGUUGAAUCUGAGAAGAAAACUGAAAUAGAUCGUCAAGAUGCGGAAACGAUUCAUUCAGUCAACACCGAACGAGAACCCACGAAUCUAACAAACAUUCGUUCUCGUGUGUCAACACACGAUGUUCCAAUUGAGCAUUACAGCUCGUACAUCCCCGUCCCGGAUGAGGUUUAUGAUCGCCUUCCACCGUCCAGAAAAGUAGUCAUCGUGACACUUCUGUCCUUCUGCAGUUUUCUCGCUCCAAUCUCAUCCACUACUAUUUUGGCGGCUGUCCCCGAGGUCGCAGCGACCUAUAGCAGUACCGGCACGAUUAUAAAUUUGAGCAAUGCUUUGUAUAUGCUCUUCAUGGGAGUCUCUCCUUGUGUGUACGGACCUUUGAGCCAGGUAUACGGAAGACGAAUUACCUGUUUGAUUACGGCAAUACUAUUUAUGGGUUGCUCACUCGGCACAGCCCUCUCCCCAAACCUCGUAUCCUACUUCAUCUUCCGAAUCCUCACUGCAUUUGAAGGGACCGCUUUCCUCACGAUUGGAGCCUCUUGUAUCGGCGACAUCUACCGUCCCUCGGAAAGAGCCACAGCAAUGGGUUGGUUCUUAUCAGGGACUCUCAUCGGCCCAGCUUUUGGGCCGUUCAUCGGCGGAAUAAUCGUCACUUUCAAGUCCUGGCGCGUGAUCUUCUACCUUCAGACCACACUCGCAGGUGUAGCAACAAUCGGCGCCUAUUUCCUUCUUCCAGAGACGGCUCAUCAUAUGAAGAUUGAUGAUCUGGUCGGUCUCCCCCUGAGAGCCAAGGCAAGAGUUCUCUGGGGCAUGCUGAAUCCGUGGAGAGUUAUCAGGCUCUAUAAAUACCCCAACCUCAUUAUGGUGGCCCUGGCUUCCUCUUCCUUGGUCUGGAAUAUGUACUCCCUUCUCACGCCUAUCCGGUACAUCCUCAACCCAAGAUUCAACCUGACAACGCCGAUUCAAUCAGGGCUCUUCUACCUCGCUCCUGGAUGCGGAUACAUUCUUGGGACCUUCGGAGGCGGCAAGUACGCCGACUACAUCACCAUCAAGUGGACAAAGAAGAGAGGCGUCCGUGUUUCAGAAGACCGUCUACGUUCCGCGCUCCCUUUUAUGGGAAUCGUGAUGCCGAUCUGCAUGUUGUUGUAUGGCUGGUCUGUCGAGAAACGCUUUGGUGGUAUUGCUCUGCCUGUCAUUAUGAUGUUUGUGCAGGGAGUGGCUCAGUUGUUUUGCUUUCCAAGUUUGAAUACGUAUUGUCUGGAUGUGAUGCAGCAGAAUGGGGCCGAGGUGAUUGCCGGGAACUACAUGAUCCGAUACUUGUUCGCAGCGUUGGGAAGUGCGACUGUGUUGCCGGCUGUGGAGAAGAUUGGUGUUGGGUGGUUCUCUACAAUUUCAGCGUUGUUUCUCGUGGUCAGUAGCUUGGCAACGUGGGCUGCUGUGCUUUGGGGGAGGGGAUGGAGGGAGAAGAUUGACCAAAAGCGGAGGGCGAAUAGAGGAAAGAUGGCGGAGGCGGAACAUGAGUUGAAGGUGGUCAUGGACAAUGGAAAGGAGAAGGAAAUGGUGUGA